AUGAAGAUUUCAUCAGUUUUAUUAUCGAGCAUUUUAGUCUUCAGCACUGCUAACGCAGCUUCCUCCUCCUCCUCAUGGUCCUAUACUCAUGCCUCUAAUCAUGCUGCAUUAGCUUCCUCCUAUUGGGCUGCUCACUCUACAGACUCUUCUGUUGCAGCAAAACAUUCGCAAUAUGAAUCAUGGGCCAGUGCUUCCUCGGUCAGUGCGUCAUCGGCAUCAUCUGCGUCAAGUGUGGCAAGUAGAAGCUCUGCUUCCGCUAAUGAAGGCUUCAAGAGAGACAACUUACAAGGCACCAUGAUGUUUACCAUUGCAGGUGCCAUCUUCAUGCUAAUGUAA